AUGUCCACGGAGUUACCAAAGACACCACCGUCAUCUCCCAAGCGCCUUGAAGGCGAAGGCGAGUCAACCAGAGCCAUCGAUGAGGUCAUCAACACGCCGGAGGCCCUUAGGAGACUAGCGAAAAGGGUAAAGGGCAUUUUGGAGGGGAUGAACGGAGAACCCAACGCAUUUGAGCAUCCUGGCAAUCAUCCCGGUAUCGACAACUGUCGUUCGAACGACAAUCUGGAUGUCCCAGAAGAUGAAUCUCUCUUCGACAUCUCUGACUUUGGCUGUCACGAUCAUGUCGAGGAGGCGAAGGAAACUAAGGAGCAAAAGGAUGAGGGAAUACAGAUCAACGACACAUCAAGCAUCAUGAAGGUUGGCGCAAAGCUGGCAGCAACUUUGGAGGGUGGAGAGACUGCGGAUGGAACCACCGAACUUCCUGCGAAUUUACCCAGGAAAAGCGAACAGCUCCCCUAG